UCAGUCAAACCGCUUCCUGCUUCACGGUGCGAUUUGUUGUUGAUCGGAGCUCCUAAGUUCGAGCGUGAUGGUCGGAGUUGAAGAAGUUGACCCCCAGGACAGGUGAACGGAAGUAAACACUGAAGCCCUCCUGUCGCUUCUUUCCGUUUAAAAACGUGUUUUACUUGUCUGGGUCAGAGGAACCUAACUCCACCGAGAAGCAGCCGCGGGUUCAAAGCCCUCAAAGAUGUCAGGAGCUCACGAGCUGGGCAGGAAGCGUCGGCCCUUUAAAACCUUCGUCAUCUCGACCGACCUGCGGGUCCAGGAUGAGCUGGAAGGAAACAUCCUCCUGCUGCGGGGCUUCAUCUGCCAGGAACAAGAGGCUGGGAAGAGCAGAGGGGACCACCUCUGGGUUAAGGUGAUAGACAAUGAAGUCAUGAUAAAAAUUGAGAAGAAGUACUUGCUGGAAGUCUCAGCUGACCUAAUUAGCCUGGUGGAACCUGUGCAGGAUCUGGAUGUCCGACUAAACCUUCUAAACAAUCCAGAAAACCUUCGACAUUUGGCGUCUCUGCCAAUCGGCACCCAGCUGUGGGUCCAAAUAGGCCAACAGGAUGAGCUGGCAGAAGCAGAGCUCAAGUUUAAAGGGCCUCUGAGCAGAGGGAGCAGCGCUGUGAUGUUUGGGGUGGAACUGAAGGGUUCAGCGGCGGGCAAAGGAACAAACAACGGCUCGUAUAAGGGGUACCAAUACUUUAAUUGCCCUGAAGCCUGUGGCCUCUUCGUCCCUCUCAGUCACAUACAGGUUCGUMAUCGGUCCUACACCGGGAACUCCAAUUCACCUGUAAAGCUCCGCAAUCGUGACAAACACCGCAGCAGCCGCCACCCUACCAGUAAGCACCGUGGCAGCAAUGAUAAUCUCAAUCAACAGCAGCAGCAGCAGCAACAGAUUCACCAGCAACAAAUCCAGCAGCAACUUCACCAGCAGCUGCAGCAGCAUCAACAACAACUCAAACGUUACGUUAGUAUCCAUCAGCCUCUCAACAGUAGCCCGUCUCAGCCACUCACCAUACUCUCACGAACUACUGAGUCAGCACCCAUCAUGCCUUCUAACCACGUCCGAGGCCCCACGUCACCUCUGCCGUUCCACAUCGGCCAGCGGGUUUGUUUCCCCCACGAGGACACCGUCUGCAAAGGCGAGGUGCGCUUCUGUGGCCCCCUGCCUGGCCGCUCCUCAAUGGGAACGUAUGUCGGAGUCCUUCUGGACACUCCUGAUGGUAACUGGGAUGGAGUCUACAAUGACCAGAAACUCUGUCAUAUUCCUUCUCAACUGUAUGGACAACUCCUGCCAGCCAGCAAGGUUUCUCUAGAGGAUAAAACUUUGAAUCACAACCCUCUUCAGCAAGGCCCAAAGUCCAUCUUAAAGCCAGCAUUGCCCCCCAUCCCUAAACCAACCACAUCCUCACCAUCUACUGCUGCUCCUAAGAGCGCUCUGAUACCUCCUGGCAAAGCAGCUCUCAAACCUCCUCCUCUGCCUCCACCAAAACCCGCCAACAAAGUCCCAUCCGUUCCCCCGUUACCGCCUCCGAAACCCCGAAGCCCUUCGGCGGCAGCAUCUCCCGAGCACACAAACGGCAUCCACAGCCCUCCCUCACCUCUGAGAACUCGAGAAAACGGUGAGAGCGCAGAGGAGRAUGGAGAGACAGGACUGGGCAGUGAGCUGGAGGUGGGCUCGAUGGUGGAAGUAAACGACCCGCCUCUUUUUGGGGUUGUCCGAUGGAUCGGUCUGAUAGGUGGAAUUCCAGAACCAGUGGCUGGGGUCGAGCUGGACCAGGAGCUGUCUGCUGGAACAGACGGCAGUUACCUGGGUGAACGUCACUUUCGUUGUCCGCCCAACAAGGGGCUCUUUGUCAAGUUACGCAACUGCAGGCGGGACUCCAGGUUUCCCGCCCCCGAGAAGCCUGUCAAUCAAGUGGAGCGAUGCAACUCUAUAGCCUUUGCAGAGUGGGGUAGUGAGCGCRUGGAGGAUCCCACCCCACCUUUGGAGGGGGAUGAGGCCCGGCAGCUAUACGUUGGCUCCAAGAAGGGUAUCCAGGGUCACCUGAACUCCUGCUACCUGGACGCUACACUCUUCAGUCUGUUUUCCUGCUGCAGUUCAGCAGACYGGUUGUUGUUUUGGCCGUGUGACUCUGAAACUGAAAAACGGUCCAAACACGCUCAGGACCUGCUCCGCUGCGAGAUCGUCAACCCUCUCAGAAGGUUCGGUUACGUGUGCGCCAGUAAGACCAUGGCUCUGCGACGACUGCUGGAAGCUGCCAACAGCAACAUGGGCUUCACCAGCCAGGAGAAAGGCUCCUUCCUGUCUUCUACUSCUCAUGCCCAGGUUUGGAAGGGACUUUAAAAUGUUUGACGCCAUCUUGCCCAGCCUCACUCUGGACAUCACAGACCUCCUGGAUGACACUCUGAGACAGUGCAGCAUCUGUCAGUCUGUAGCUGAGUGGGAGUGUGUUCARUGUUACGAAGACAUGGACAUCACUCCAGGACACCUUAAACAGUACUGCCAGACCUGCAACACACAGGUUCACAGCCACAGAAACCGGGUGUCCCACAACCCCAUGAAGAUAAAGGUUCCUGAGGGCCAGUGGUCGGGCCCCCUGCACUACACCCGCCAGCGUAUGUCCCUGUUUGCUGUGACGUGCAUCGAAACGAGCCACUACGUGAGCUUUGUCAAGAACGGACCUCAAGACACAGACUGGUUGUUUUUUGACAGCAUGGCAGACCGAGAAG